AUGUUUAGAGCAAAUUUUACUUUAUUACUAUUACUGGUAUUUUCAAUAUGUAAGGGUGAAUAUCUAAGCAAUAGGACGUUGUAUUCGAUUGUUCUUGACUCGGUAAGUCCAGUUUUUUUAACUAAAAUGAAAAAUUUUAAUAAUUUUAAAAAAUUUUAAAAUUUUGAACUUUUUUAAAACUUGAAAAAUUUUUAGAAAUUACCAACCCUCCAAAGAUGUAUCGGGCCGACCGGCCAUAUCCAGACGACCACUCAUCAUACUAUAUUUUUGAUUUAUAAUCGACCCAAUUACUGUGAAGACAUUGUUAAGAAUGCAGCACGGAACUACAUAUACAACUACUAUCCAACUCAUACUGAUGUUUACAAGAAUGAAACUAAUCAGGUAGGGUAGUAAGGUGGGGUAGGGUAGGGUAGGAUAGAAUAGGGUAGAGAAAUGUGGGGCAGGGUAUAGAUAGUGCUAGGGAAUUGUGGUGUAGAAAAAGAUCUAGAGCAGGGUAGGAUAAAAACAGGACCAGGGCAUGGUAGAAAAAAAACUAGGGUAGGCUAGGGUUAGGGCUAGGGUAUCAUAGGUGUUUAUUACUUAAGCCUUGUUUUUUUUUGCUUGAAUAGUAGGCUUAAAACGUGAUUUUUUUAGAUUUCAAUGAAAUGCGACUCAAAGUUUGUGUUAUAUGAAGAGAGUCCUACAACAACAUUAUUACAAAGCUAUUGUUUCAAAAAAGAUUAUUAUUAUGACAAACUUCUAGAUCAAUAA